CGAAUUUACUUACAUCUAUCCUCAAUCAACAACCAAGAUGUCGUCGGUCAAUCCUGUUAAUCCCAAGCCUUUCAUGCAGGAGCUUACCGGAAAGCCGGUAUUCGUAAAGCUAAAAUGGGGGCUCGAGUACAAAGGAUUCCUUGUCAGUACGGAUGGGUAUAUGAACCUCCAGUUGGCUAACACGGAGGAAUUCCAAGACGGGAAAUCAAAUGGUGCUCUGGGCGAAGUCUUCAUCAGGUGUAACAAUGUACUGUACAUCAGGGAAGCUCCUCCAGAAUGAUCGAUCAUGCAGCGUUCGCUCAAAAUAUCUUUUCCGACGGCUCGAGGCCAUUACUCUUGUUGUAUCAUAAAACUUUCGAGAGUUUACUCGAUCGGAGUGGUUUGUAUAGUGCUUGCAUGAUUUAUCGCGAUGCGUCAAAAACCUACAUGAUCGUUCUUCCUUGAACCUGCACUUGCAAUGGAGGGCGUCUAUAUUUGAAAGACGAUCUUGCAUCAUAAUAUGACUAAUUACCUGCAGUGUUGGGGACUCGGGCUCAAUUUUCAGACUGUCAGUGGCAGCGGUGGCGGGCUGAUCCAGGUACUUUCUACGCUGGCAGUCAUUCUUCAAAGGCAGCGCGAGUUGAUGAACACGUUAUCUUCGGACCAUCCGAUUUUUGGCAUGAGUUUGGUACCCCACAACGAAAGAUGUAAUGCACGGCCACUAUCUAACGGAUAUCAUGGGUUGAGGCAGCUGCUUUGA